AUGGAAAAGGUUUGGCGUCGAGUCGGGCUCCAUUCCUCCCGAAAGAAAAGGGAUGGAAGUGGGACUAGUAGGGAAGUGACGUCAUCGGCCCCGCCAGAGGCUGAGUACCAAAAUAUCCACACAUUACGAACAGCUGAUUUGAUAAGACAGAGGCAAGGGGAAGAAAAGUCAACGCUCCGUUCUUCUUAUAUUAUACGGAACGGAGAUAAUUUUAUCUUGGUCGAGAGAAGACGACGUAGACGACGUAGGAGUGGUACACGGGCAUCGUCAGGUGGUAGGCACCAUACACCACCUGUGGAAGAAAACACUCGCACGGAACAGAAACGUCGACCUCCAGCCAAAUUAAAGAUAUUCGGUAUCCAAUGGCCUUUACAUUCGAGUGAUUCUAGACAUACUUCUAUAACUCGCCGGUUCUGCCGCGGCCGUCGUUCACGGGAAGACAACGAGCUCUACCGGUCUAAUAGCUUUAAGUUCGAGAGGUUCGCGCGGGAACAGCCUGCUGAUGAAUUCAGCACCGGAUCACAGGCGGCUCUUUGUGCAGACUACAGCGUUCCUGUAGAUUGCGUCGCCGCCGGCCCAGCGCCGCGCCCGAGCUCUUUUCACGAGAUAUCAGCGCCUAAAGUUGAAUUCUUAGAGGCUUAUUGUACACCACGCGACACAGCCAGACGAUCACCGCAGCGUAGUCGCCGGUCAAGGGAGCCCAGACGGUCACCUGACACGUCCAGAUGGCGUUACGAAUCGCGUCGUCACAAUUACGACGUUGAUUCAAGACGACCAUACGAUUACGAAUCAAGAAGAUAUAUCGGUAGAGAAUACGACGCAGAUUCCGGAAGGCGACCUGCUUUUGACGCGGAGUCAGCUCGAAGAAGGGCAGACUACGAGUCGGCAAGACGGACUGACUUUGACUUGUCAGCUCCCGAAGUUUCCAGACGUAGUCCCGAAAGUGCACCUGAAGGUUCGGCCGAUUCUCCGCCCGAACCAGCGCCUUCAGCGCCACUACGCCAAGAGAGACAGUCCAGACACCGGGCGCAACCAUAUUACGAAUCUGAAUCGAGUUCAGAAGACAGAUCGUCAUCAACUGAAGGUGAAGAAGACGAGUUUGGUGAAUUCGAUCCAUUUGCAACAGCACCAUCCUUGCAUUCGCCAGAUAGCGGGCGAUCUGAUCCACGAUACGCAAACGCCCCUCGAAGAAAUCCUAGCCCAUAUUACUACGGUGAUUUGUUCAAAACUGCCCCGCCGCCACCCGCUCCUACAGCGCCGACUGUUUCAUCGACGUCCUCGUCUCGUGGCCCUCGGUAUAGGAAGUCGGCUAGUCUUGACGCUCCCCACGUUGCUCAAAGACCAAAUCUGCCUAAAAGAUUUUCAGUGGCAGAAGAUGGAUUCCGUGAGCUAGAACGAUCAUCAUCAUCGUCCGGCGAGAGCGCGUGGAUGCCGCCAAGGCGUCGCGGGCGCGACGCGGCCGGCUGCGCGUGCGCCGCGCCCGAAGAUGUAGAGGAGCAUAGAUCUUCUCGUAGCGUAUUUUACGUGCCAGCGCCAUUGCCACGCUGGCCACAAGAAAUGACCACACGACAGAUUUACGAAACGGCCUUUGACUGUAAAAUAGCUCGUUCUGAUGAUGACUUAGAUGAUUUUGACCGCGUUAGUAAUCACCCAGCGCUCUUGCAAGCUGAGGAACGCAAAGUUAUAUCAUCAGCAUCGUCUGCAUUUGAAGCUGUAGAGCGCAGUGAACCAGAUUAUAAAGGUCGCCGUAAGGUGACUAUGAAAACUGAUAGCGUUCGUCGCUCAAAGAUUCCUACUAUUCGCCAAAAGAGAGAAAAUGAAAGUAAUGCGUCUGCACUCUCGGAGGAGAUGGAAAAAGUGCACAUUGAAGAUGAAGAUCGUACAUCAACAUCUCAACUGCCGUUGCGUGGUUACACUCCUUCUCCGCCAUCUACAGCGCCGUUACCUACAAAAUUUCAACAAAAAGAUGGAUCUGCGAUGAAUAGCAUUAAAAGUGCUCCAAACUUGCCUCAAACACAGCCAUCGCAUCCUCGCCUAAAAGACUUAAGACUGCCGGUAAAAUCUCUACGGGCUAGGGACACACCGACCAGUAGUGACGCUAGUAUGACUGACGUUAAAGCGUCUGUAUCCACAGAACUUGACGUCGGACAACGUUUGAGAGAUUCCAGCCGCGAGUCUCGUGAUGGUGAUGAUGAAAGGGUGCAAUCAAAAGACGGUAUUUUUUUAGAGAUUAAGGGUCGACCCACUUCCGAUUCUGAUACACCCGAAAUGAAUCGGUACAAGGGGCCUAAGGGGGUCGGCCCUAUAAUGGAGUUUAAAGGCAGGCCCGGAGUAGCUCGUCCACGUCGAAAGUAUUCAAGCACCGAAAGCAUGGCAACAAGCAGUAGUGGAGGAAGUAUGGAGUCAUUACGGAGCAGUAACAGCGAAGGAGACAGAAGUAGCAGUAGUUCUGAAAGUCGACACUCAUCAUCUUUAAGUUCACAUAGCUCUGAUUCCGGAAACGUUCCAUUUAUUAAAUCACAUCAUAUGCAGCUUUCGGGGUUUGGACAUCAUCCGACUAAACUACAUAUUUUAAGUCCUAUAUCAGACAAAUCAUCCCAAGAGCCAGCAUCGGAAACAUCCGAUAACAAUAAAAAUAAUAACUCACAAAAAGUAUCGCCCGAAGAUGGUGACAUGGGAAACACGACAAUACAAACCACUGUUGAAAUUUUACCGAAGCCGAAAAGGCGGGCUUUACAAAACAGAAAUUUGUUAAAUCUGACGUUUAGGCAUUCAACACCCGGCGAUACAGAAAUACAAGGAUCCGACAGUGGCAUAUCAAUUCAUUCAAGAGAAGGUGUAGAUUCACGAAAUGCAUUUAUUAAUUUCAAAAACAGCAAUACAGAAGAAGAACGUAAAGAUGAUGCUGUUGAUCUGUCUGACCUUCCAUUUGAUAUGCCAAAAUUACGAAGACGUCGGGCUGAAGCCGAAGUUGACCUUCGCUCAUUGCCAUUCGAUAUGCCUAAAUUGAGACGUAAAUUGCGUGGCCAGUCGUUGCAAUUGAACAAUGAUUUUGGAGAAGCUAUAUCUAACGCUUCUUCGAGUCAAAGUGUUCAGGAUUUAAACCAAGGGAAAAAACAUCGUGAGAAAUUGACUUUGAAUUUCGAAAGUGGCACUGGUAGCUCCGGCAGUGCGAAAGGAUUACAUUUGAACUUAGGACCUAUAGCGCCGCCACGGGACUUGGUUGAUGCUACUCUUCCACUAGACCGACAAGGGUGGUAUCAUGGAACGUUAUCGCGUUUGGAAGCUGAGGGAUUACUAAGGGAUGCAGAUGAGGGAGCAUUCUUAGUAAGAAAUAGCGAAUCCGCUAAACACGACUACUCGCUUAGCUUGAAAUCCACCCGUGGCUUUAUGCACAUGCGGAUAUGUCGAGGGGGCGAUGGAUACACUUUGGGAGGGGCUGCUACUGCCUUCCCCAACGUACCCGCUCUAAUGAGACACUACGUUACGGCUCAAAGGCUUCCAGUUAGAGGUGCUGAACACAUGGCUCUAUCGACUCCACUGCCAGCUGUUAUGCUUUGAAAUCAUUGGGAAAAAUUGAUUGGAAUUAAUCAAAGAACCCAAUGUAUGGAGUUCUUUCAGCUUCUUUGAAGAUUCGUUCGCUUUGUAGGAGCUUGGACGGUAAAAGUAUAGAUUUUCGUAGCACUCAGUCUUUGUAACGGUUCAGUGAGGAACUUCAAGUUGUAACAAUGGCCACGUGUAUAUAAAGGAGACGCAAUAAACUUUCGAGUUUUGUGUUUUUGAUACUUAAGCGUAAAUAUAGCGACAGUUAUUUAUUUUAUGUGAAAUGUGAAUAGUUUUAGUACCCAGUAAAUAAUACCAAAGAAAACAUACGUACAUAGAAACAAUUUUCUAUGGGGCUUACAAAAUGUUUGUUCGCUCGGAAUGCUGUCAUAUGACAGCGGUGUUUACCGCUAUGAGCUAGCGCUUGUAUUAUUAGGAAAGCCUCAACAACAUUAAAAGGAGCCAUGAAAUUAAAAUUAUGAAUAUAUUUUGUUUAAUUUAUUAUUAAAUAUAACUUUUUUAAAUAACAUACAUAAUCCAAUACAAUGGACCACUUAAAAAUGGCUUGAGACUUUAAUAAUUAAGCGCUUGCUUUAGAAUUAUGCUAGUCCCAACACCGCAGCAACCUGUAUUGAUAUUUUAAUUAUUAUGUAUGUAAUUAUUAAUAUGAGUUCCACGGUAACAUUAGAUUUAAUCUUAAUUUUUAUAAGUAAUUUUAUUUACUAUAAACUUAUAACUCAUAUUAUAAACCAAUUAGUUUUGUUAAGUAAAUAUACGACAUAUAUCAAUAGUAUCAUAUAAAAUACGUCAUAAUAUAUGAUAAACUAUGGCCAAGGUCGAAAGAUCUAAGUAUAUGUCUUACAGGCCAUUUAAAUCACAUUUAAUAUUAAUUAUUUAAAAUGGUUUCGUUUUAACUUUUUAGCUAUGUUAGCAGCUACAUGUAAAAAGGCCUAAAAGCAAAAUGCUUGACUUAAUAUUAUGUUUUUUUUUUUUAACACUUAGAUAAAGGCAAGUAUAUGUUAUGCUUUUGUAUAUGCCGAUUAAAAAUAAUUACGGAUUCAUGGAGUAAAAUGAGGUCAUAUAUAAUUAUAAAACGACUGUCUUUUAAUAAAUAGAACAUUUUGUGAGUGAACACUGUUAUCACACACAACAAUCUAUAGUUUACUAUGGACCUUAGCUCCAUAAAUAAAAGGUUGGUUUUUGCUUAUAAAUACCGUCGUGACUCAUCGACUCAUAGUCACGAAAAUCGUAUCGAUUUGAAAAGGAACAAACUGGUACACGAAAUGUGACACUCCUACGAGGCGGUCUCUCUAUUCAAGUAUUUUCUAUAUUUAGCAAUAGUUAUAAUAAGAUCAAUAAAUUUUGCACCGUAGUUUAAAACAAUAGAUUUUCAUCAAUUUGAGCUUUAGUAAGUAAGUACAGAGUACAAUCACUGUUAUGAUAAAUAUCUUCGAUGUGUAAUUUAAUGAAAGUCCUCGUGUUUACGAUAAGGGACGUUUAGAAGUACUCAUUAGAUUAUUAGAAAGACCAUUUUGAUACGGCUUUCAUACUGUAUUUAUAUGAAAAAUCGUAGCAAACAUUUUCAAUCUUACUGUAGGUAACUCCGAUGUUAUAUGGCACGGCAUAUAACUAAGAUCAUAGAAAAAGAAUGCACAUGUUAUGUAACAUUCACAUUGACUUAUUUAUAUUUUUUGUUAUAUUAGAAUUAAGUAGGUUUGUAAAGUGUUUAUGGGCCCCUGGUAUUUAUAAUCCAUAGAUAAGUUUUUUUUUUUCAUUCAAAACUGUCGCUUUAUUUUUAAGAAUAUUCCAACAUAAGCGACGUUUCAAGAAACAUUUAAAAUGGGAGUGAUAUUUUUAAAAUAUGAAUUAUUUCAAUUUCAAUGAAGGAUUUUAUUCAAGGAUAGGAGGAUUCAUUUUUAAUAAAGCGACGGUUUAAUGAAGGUGUCAGCUAUUAUUUCUUAUCGUUCUUUCUGUGAUUUAGUUUGAUAAAAUGAAACGCCAAAAAUAUUAGUAUGUAAUUUAAAAACCUUGUGUGAAAUAUCGCUUUAUUAAUACGAUGUCCAAAUGACAUGAAUAUUAAUAAAGCAACGUGAUCUCAUAUUUCUUCCCUGGAUAUUUCAGUUACCUUAGAUUUAAUUUCGAUUAAUUUGUACCUGAUUUUGAAAACUAACGAUUGUUGUUUGAGACUUAAAAUUACGUUUUAACAGAUUUAUUUUGUUACUAAGUAAGACACAUUAGUAAUAACUGUAGUUGUGUAUGGGAACGAGCGAAUUUCAAUGUAUGUGAAGAAAUAAUAUUGUAUGUAUUUUACUCAACCACCGCGGAGCAGCUUGAGCAAGCGUGCAAAUAAUUUUUAAUACAUAAUUUAAUAUAAAUUUUUAUCACUAAGUGGAUAAAUAUAUGUGAACAAGAUUGAACUAUGUUAAUUUAUUAUCAAACACACCUUAUCAGGCCCUGUGACGUUCUACUGUUUCUUUGAUUGUAUGGGCUAUUGUGUUUAUUCGACUUAUGUACUUUUGUAUAUCGGGAUAGUCUGUACCUAACAAAGGUAUGCGAGUUUUUUCUUGUUCAUGCAUUUAUUUCCUUUGUAUUUAAAGUAGUAAGUGCAUAAUGGAAGGUAGAAUAAUAAAUUCCUGUUGGAAGUUUUGAAGUGUCAAAAUUUUUUCAUGAAACGACGUAGGUUCGAGUCGUAUGUUAGGUAAAAUUAUAGCUUAUCGUAGUUAUAAUCAAUUAUAAUUUUUGAAGGUGUAGUUUGAAAUGAAUGACGAAAUAAAAAAAUAUUAAAAAUGA